GUGGCUGAUACAGCGAUGAGCAAGUGGGAGAUGGUCGUUCUGAGUGUGGGAGGUGUGAGAUUUGUAACCCUGGCAUCUACAUUGCUGCGGUUCCCCGAAUCCAGGCUAGCACAGAUGUUGAACAACGAUGACCAGGAAUUUAAACUGGUGAACGGAGAGUUUUUUGUGGACAGAGAUGGAACUUUGUUUAGUUACAUCCUGGACUUCUUGAGGACUCUCCAGAUUUCCUUACCUACUGACUUUUCAGACUAUCAGAGGCUGCAGAGAGAAGCAGAAUUCUACAGGCUCUACCCUCUGGCCAAUCUCCUGAAGCAGGAGCACUUACUGAAGCCAAGGCUGGAGAUCUUGGAAGUGCGUUUUUCUCUCCAAGACAUGCAGGCCUUCUUCCGGAUCUUUGGUUCCUGCAGUACCACUGUUGAGACACUGGCUGAGCAAAUCACUGUGUUUUCAGGACAGCAGUCAGGUCAGAACUGGAGCAGCCCUUUUCUUUCUCAGAAACCACUUGUUCCACUGCCUCUGGAAAGACCUUCUCAUCAUGACGUGGUUUUUCAGUGUGGUACUGACUACUCUGCUGGUGACCAGUUUGUGGCCAGGUAUGUUUCCAUAAAGCCUGAUACUAGAAAGCUGAUUAAUGGUACUAAUGUGCUGGGUCUGCUGCUUGACACUUUACUCAAAGAUGGAUUUCGCCUCAUAAGCACCAGGACAGUGUCCAGUGAAGAAAAAGUUGAAUGCUACAGUUUUGAAAGGAUGCAGAAGCCAGCAGGCAUCACCAUCGUGGUGAACCAAACCCUAGGGAGCUCUGGGGCAGCACAGGUGAAGAGAAGCCAAGUGCAGAAAGGGAAAUAAAGGUUUUCCUUUCACCUUUUGAAAAUGAAAGAGAGAUGUGCCAAUACUAAUGGCUUUCCUAUGUUGGCUUGUCUGAAACUGCAACUCUUGAGGCAAGUGACAAUUUUUAACUAAUUUUUUGGGUAAUAUUUGGAAAUAAAAGAAGCUUCCAUGCUUUCUGUCACUCCACCCUUCUUCAAAUAACUGCAGGCUCAAUACUGCGUUUGUGAACCAGAUUCCAGCAUUUUCAAGGGUUUCCAUUUUUCUCUGUGGCUAAAACUGGUAUUAGGACUCAGAAAAAAGAUCAACUAUUUCUUCUAGAAAGUAUUUUUUUAUAGUCUAUGUUAAUCUGCAAGUGGGUUUUAGAUACAUGGUAAUGCAUGAAGAAGUAACAGCCUGACACAACUGUCAUCCCAGGUUUGGAGAAGUGGCUGGAGGAGGAAUGCCAGCCUCAGUGGCUGAGUAUUGCUUCAGUUUUCAAGAUACACGAAGCAGCAUAACCAACAUUCCAACUUGUGUUACUGUGUGGCUUCAGACACGAGAAAGGGGCCUUGCAAAGCCACUAUUGGUGUCCAUGAAAUGUGUUACUGUCUCCUGCAGAAUACUCCCGUGCCCCCUACUCCCACUCUGAAGGUAUUAAGCUGCUCUUCAGCCUUAGAAUUAUGAAGGACCUUGUGAACAAAGAGUCAGCUGAUUAUUUAAAACUUUGAAAAGAAUGAAAGUGCAAUAAUCAGUCCUUCAGAGGGAAGGGUUAGUGUGAUGUUAAAGGCAAUAGUAGGAAGGAUUCCUUAGUGCUUGUUAAAUGCUAAACAUACUUAGGAGGAAGGCUUGGCAGAAGUGACUUUAAAAGCCUUGGGAAUGUUAGCCAUGUACAGUGCUUUGUAAAGAUGCCCAGAUUAGCUCAGGUACCAGGAGAGGUGAGUUAAUGAGGCCUUGCAAAUUAAGGCUCUUUUGUCCUCCCUCCAAAGCAGGGAAAGAAGAUAGCAAAGAUUCAUUAUUUGAACCCAACUUUUGUUGUUGAUAGAAUGUUGUCUUUCUAAAGUUGCAAACAGCCGAGUUGAGCUUGUUUGGGCUACUUAGAUCUGGCUGCUCAGCUUUGCAAUAUGAAUUUAUUCCUGUAUUUGCAGCACUGAAAAAUGUGAAUGGUAGGAAUCGCUCACCUGCUCUUGGCUUGUGUUGACUUCCUUUCACAGAAUCUCAGGAUACAUCAGGUUGGGAGGAAGCCUCAAAGGUCAUCUUGCCCAACCCUCCUGCAGUGAGCAGGGACAUCUUCAACCAUAGAUGACCAUAAACCUGCAGUGACUAGUGCCCAUUGCUCCAAACAGUCAGGUUUAUAUUUGAACUAAUUCCAUUGCUGAUGGACAUUUGCUUAUCUAUUGCUUGUUUUUUUUAAAAAUGCUGUCUGUGGUUCAGUGGGUUUUGAACUACUUCACAUUUACAGAAGACUUUCAUAGAGAUUGAUUACAUUUUUGUGCUUUUAACUUUUUUAUCUGCUUAUUCACACAUUAGGAAGCUGUCUUAUGUUGUUACAUCUUUGGGGGAUGCUGUUUGCUAACCACCUGAAUCGUUCAGUAAUUGCUGACACUAGGAGGGAGAGUCUAAUGUGAAAUACCUUCCUCUGCUUUGGGUAUUGAUUUCAAUAUGGCAGUUUGUGAUGUUUUUUGAUCUGUUAGGAAGCUCAGUCACUGCACUCUUACAGGUCCUGCAGCCAGAGCUCAUAUGACUGUAUAAUUGAUUAAGAAUGGACAUAUAAAUAAAACUGUUACAAUUGA